AUGCCGAUCAAGGUGUUACAGAGAGAUAAAGAUUCUGAGAAAAUAAUAUGGGAUCAGAUGAAGAACCCUCCUUCCAGCAUGCAUCGUUCAAUUUCUGGGUCACAGAAUCGAGCCAUGGCCAAAUUCAUAGUGUGGCUCAUUCUAUUUGUAUCCACUACCUACGUGGUGUAUACUCUCAAGCUGCGCCGCCUUGCCUAUCCGCCGGUAAAUCAACUCCACGGUGGAGCUGUAUGCGGCAUUAGGAACGGGGAGAGAAAUAGGGAUAUGAAGAAAAUCACAAGUCAAAGGCGGCUAACUAAUAAGUCAAAGCUGCCAAUUCCUCCGGGGCCGAAACCAUGGCCCCUAGUGGGAUCUUUCCCGGAGAUUCUCCGAUCAGGAAAGCCUGCAUUCCGGUGGAUACACAACUUCAUGGAUGAAAUGAAGACCGAAAUCGCAUGCAUCCGUCUGGGGGCCACUUACGUGAUUCCGGUGACUUCCCCGGAGCUGGCUCGCGAGUUCCUUAAGAAGCAAGGCACGGUGUUCUCGUCCAGGCCCGUUUGUAUGUCCGCCGAUCUUAUCAGCAACGGAUACCAGUCCUCCAUCUUUCUCCCUCCCGGCGAUAAAUGGACGAAAAUGCGAAAAAUUCUCCAGUCUCACGUGCUUUCACCGGCGACACUCCAUUGGCUUCACGAUAAAAGGGCGGAAGAAGCCGAUUACCUCGUUAAAUACAUCUACACUCGAUGCUGCAUGCGUGGUGUUAACGUGCGGAUUGUCUCGCGGCAGUACUGUGGAAAUGUGAUUAGCAAGAUGGUAUUCAACAUGAGGUUCUUUGGAAACGGAGAAGAAGAAGAGCUCCUUAAGGCCAUGUUCGAUCUUCUUCAAACUCUCUACGGAUUGGGAGUUUCUGAUCAUAUCCCAUGGUUGAGUGUAUUCGAUAUCGACGGCUAUAAAAGCAUCAUCAAGAAAGGUAUGUCCGUAAUGAGGAAACACCUUGAUACCCAAGUGGACACGAGGGUGCAAAUGUGGAAAGAUGGGAUAAAAACUGUGGAAGAAGACAUCCUCGAUGUUCUUGUUAUGCUCAAGGAUAAUGCUGGAAAACCAUUGUUGAGUGAUACAGAGAUCAAAACACAAGUUCUGGAAAUGAUGCUAGCAACCACGGAUAAUCCAUCAAACGCUGUGGAAUGGGCACUGGCGGAGAUGAUAAACCAACCAAAAGUACUGGAAAAAUCGGUGAAAGAGAUAGACACCCUGGUUGGGAAGGAGAGGCUAGUGGAGGAAUCCGAUUUGCCUAAUCUAAACUACGUCAAGGCGUGUAUUAAAGAGGCCUUCCGCCUCCCCCACGUGUCUCUAGCAGACACCGCAGUGGGUGGCUACUCCAUUCCCAAGGGGAGUCAAGUGCUGCUCAGCCGCGCCGGGCUUGGCCGGAAUGCAAAAGCCUGGGAGGAGCCUCUCAUGUUUAAGCCGGAGCGCCACCUCAACGGUGGAGAAGUGGAUUUAAAUGAUUCGGAGUUGAACUUGUUAGCCUUUAGUACUGGGAGACGAGGAUGUCCGGCUGUUAAGCUAGGCUCUUUGAUGACUACAAUGUUGAUGGCUAGGCUUCUUCAAGGCUUCACCUGGAGCCUCCCUCCUACCUUGCCAUGCAUAUCCUUAACCGAGGCUAAACAUGAUCUCUUUCUUGAAAACCCACUCGUCGCACUUGUCAAACCCAUAUUACCUCACAAUCUCUACUUAUAAUAAUAA